AUGAAGCAUGAAUGGACUUUUGGCUGCGCACUCGCAUUACAGCUACUCACCCAAGUGGUCAAGUGCGAGCAGGGCACAGACGGAGCCGAGUUGACGAACUACAGUGUGCUGAAUAUCCUGCAGAAUGUGCGACAACUCCACCAUUAUGACCAGCUGGUGUUUGCUCACAAUCGCAAUGCAACUUUAGGAUCGGCAUUCGUGGCACAAACACAGACGGAGCUGGAGGAGCCAGAGGAGUUGGUAGACUACGAUAACUUUCGUCUAAGCGCUAAUGCGGAUUAUGAGGAGCAGUUCAUACGCAAAGUGAUGUCGGAGCUCGCAGUGCCGAUUAUAUACAUCAACGAGUUGAGCGCCGUUCAGUUGAGGCAGCACUUUAGAGUGGAGCUCUUAUUGUUGGUGUAUUUGGAAGAGUCAUUGGAGGCGCAGUCAGGGCUAUUCAAAACGGUAGCGACAAGUAUGAAGCAUAGAACACUCUCGAAUAUUUUAUUUUUAAUAAACAACGACAACACCACGGCGACCUGUGAUGAGCUUUAUCUGGAGCAACUUUUUCAAUUUUGUUGGCAAAGCAAAAUGAUAAAUGUGGCAGCGUUGUGCUCUGACUAUAAGCGCACAAAGCAAUUCUACAGUUACACACACUUUCCAGUGUUUGCUUUGGAGUUCAAACCCUUGAACGCCUUACAACUAAAAGACGAGUCCAUGUUUCCGGACCGCCUUCACAACCUACACGAGUUCGAGAUACCCUAUGUAAUAGGUGGCAGAGAACCACGCAUUAUUAUCUACGAAUACAACGGAAAACAAAUUUUGGGCGGUUCCGUUGGCCAUUUCUUCAUCACUUUUGCAGCUAAACACAAUUUUAAAUUCUACGAACCGCCAAAUUUGAGAUUCACGCCCGGGCAACAGUUAGUUGAGGCAGUGCGCAAUAAUACCGCUGAAAUUUCGAUCGGUCUUGCGUAUCCGAAUAUACCCCUUGAUGGUUUCUCUUACCCAUACGAGCAGGUGAAUUGGUGCGUUUGGUCGCCGGUCGAAGCGGAUAUACCGAAUUAUGACUUCUUUUGGAUCGUCUUCGAGGGUAUGACCUUCGCGCUGGCGGUCGGCGUCAUACUGCUCAUAUCCGUUGUGUUGAGUUGCGCCCUCUGGCAGCAUGACAAGAAACCGGACUUGCUGCGCUUUUUCAUACAUGACGCUUGCCUACGCGGCGUUUUGGGUCAGUCAUUUCGGGAGCUCAGUCGCGCACCGUUCGUUAUACGUUUCAUUUACUUGCAAAUCUGUGUACUUGGCAUAUUGCUGACUACCUCGUAUAAUGCCUACUUUGCCACCUAUUGGACGAGUGCUCCGAAGGUGGCGCCACUACGCAAUAUCGACGACAUACUGUAUUCGAAUAGGAAGAUAUUCGUUUUUGCGCCCGAAUAUAUAGAGUUGAUUGCACGUGCGGCAGACUUGCGAAAGUAUAUUCCGAUGUUUUAUGUUGAAAAAGAUUAUAAAACUUUCCUAUCGACACGUGACACUUUCAAUACAAAAUACUUGUAUAUGGUGCCAACGACUAAUUGGCAAAUUUACAAUGAACAGCAGAAAGUUUUUACCACACCCUUAUUUCGUUUACGCACCGAUAUGUGUUUCUAUAAUAAUGUACCGAUGUGUUUCCCCAUUCACAGUAAUUCGAUAUUUUCGCAAAUCUUACAAGACAUGAUUUUGCGGACGGCUCAGGCGGGUCUAACUGAGUACUGGAGGCGUAGUGGCUUUCUGGAGAUGCUCAAAGCCGGACGUGUGAGUUUGAAAGACUUGAGUCGUCGAAAUGAGUUCCGCGCCAUGGCAGUGGAGGACAUGAAGUAUGUCUGGAUGGGUUAUGGCACUGCUUGUGCUAUAAUGACAACGGUAUUUCUGGCUGAGCUCUGCUACUUUCGACGCAAGCAUGCAAUGGCUUUUUUCGUAGAAAAAAUUUGGCGUCGAAUUUGUGGCAAAAAGAAGUUGUAG